AGCCAGGCACUGUUCUUUAUUUUUCUUUGGAGACCGAGUCUUGCUCUGUUGCCCAGGCUGGAGUACAGUGGCACAAUCUUGGCUCACUGCAACCUCCACCUCCCAGAUUCAAGCGAUUCUCCUGCCUCAGCUCCCCGAGUAGCUGGGACUACAGGCGUGCAUCACCAUGCGUGGUUAGUUUUUGUAUUUUUAGCAGAGACGAGGUUUCUCCAUGUUGGCCGGGCUGGUCUCGAACUCCUGACCUUAGGCAAUCCCCAGGCACUCUUCUCGACAACUUCUAAGUGCUUUAUAAAAAUAUCAAAUCAUGUAAUCCUCACAACCACUAUGAUGUCAACACUUUUUAAUCCCCAUUUGAAGAUGGAGGCAACUGAAGUACAGAGAGGUUGUGCAAGUUGCUUAAAGUCACACAGCUGAGAGUUUAGGUAUCAUCUCUUUCAGUAGAAAAGGUUCCUGUGAGCAGAAGCUUCAUCUGGGGCUGCCCUGGUCACUGCUACAGCCCUGCACUCAGAGCAGUGCAACACACUCUAAAAAAAGGUGUGUGGGAAAUGGGACCUGGCCACGCAGAGAGAAGCUGCUGGGGAGAAGAUGGAAGGCCUGGAAAGGCCACUGCUGGUCAGGUGGGCAGCAGCGUGGUGGCCUAGAGACAGUGCCAAGAAGAAAUGAAAGGUGUCCUUGACAGAUGGAUGUAGAUGAAUAAGAGAGGAGGCCAAGGCCUCGGAGGAACCCUUGACCCCGCUUUUCUUCAUGCUCCCUCCAAAAUGCAUCCAGAAUCAAAUUCCUGUCCCCUUCUCUGCUCCCAUUCUGGCUCCCUGGGAUUACUGCCACAGCCUCCUAAGAGGUAUCCCUGCUCUCACCCUCCCCUCUUCCUCCACACAGCAGCCAGAGGGAUCCUGAGAAAACUAAAAUCAUGUCACUUCUCUGCUCAAAACCUGCCAAUGUGUUCGGGAGUGGCAAUGGCCUCUAGCCCUGCAGGACCUGGCCUCUGCUUCCUCUCGGCAGCUGUGCCUCCUGCCAUCCUGGCUACCCCGAGGCAGCUCCCACCCCAGGCCCUUUGCAUUGGCUGUUCCAUGGGCCUGCAAGGUUCUCCCCUACGUUUCCAUGGAUCUCACUCCCUUGCUUUCUUCAAGUUUUUUCUCACCGUGCCCCACAAUUGAAAAUGCAAAACCGCUGGGCACGGUGGCUCACAUCUGUAAUCCCAGCACUUUGGGAGGCCGAGGCGGGGGGAUCACUUGAGGUCAGUAGUCUUGAGACCAGCCUGGUCGACAUGGUGAAACUCCGCCUCUACUAAAAGUAAAAAAAUUAGCCGGGCGUGGUGGUGCACACAUGUAAUCCCAGCUAAUUGGUAGGCUGAGGCAGGAUAAUUGCUUGAACCCAGGAGGCAGAGGUUGCAGUGAGCCGAGAUCGCCCCACUGCACUCUAGCCUAGGAGACAGAGCGAGAGUUUAAGACCAGCCUGGACAACAUGGCGAAAUCCGUCUAUACAAAAAAAAAACAGAAAAAUUAGCUAGGCGUAGUGGUGCUUGCCUCUAACCGCAGGUACUUGGGAGGCUGAGGUGGGAGGAUGGCUUGAGCUCAGGAGGUUGAGGCUGCAGCGAGCUGUGAUGGCGCCACUGCACUCCAGCCUGGGAGACAGUGAGACUCGACUCCGUCUCAAAAAAAAAAAAAAAAAAAAAAAGCAGGCGGUUAGAUUGCACAGGCUCUGAACUCCAUCCUAAAGCCUCCAGCACUUUCAAGUGAGGGAUUACCAGGUUUGCGGAUGUGCUGCAACUUGGCUGCAGUGUCCAAAAUGGGUGGGGCAGGUGGAAUUAAAGAUGACGCUGUGGAGACAAGCUACUGGCAGAGAGGACACACUCUAAACCCUGGGAAGAUGGCAUUACCCAGAGAGAGGGAAGGAUGAGGACACUGCAGAGCCCAAGAUCAUCGCCAGACCCGAGUCAUGCGGCUCCUUUGUUCCAGGAACCGCAGCUGACCCUAGAAGCAAUAGCAGCAUGUUCACUUCGCAGGUGCAUCUCUUCCACGCUUUGGGGUGCCUGCCCUGCCUCUGACUUCUGGGGCUGGGAUUUAAGGCCCUACCAGGCCACAGCUCGCCAGCUCAUAGGCGGUCAACUACUGAUUCAGUUCUUCGUCUCCUUCACUCCUUUACAUCGGACUCACGAGGGCUGAGGGGCAGCUCCCUUUCGUUAAGUGCUUCCCGCGUGCUAAACACCGCACGAAUUCCACUUGGCCCUACAGGACCAAACGACCGGCGCGCUGAGAGAGGGUGUGCAGUUCCACUGAGGACGCCCAGCGGGACAGCCGGGCCCGCCGCGGUGAGAUCCCCGGCCUGUCCAGCCCAAGCCCAAGCGCCCUCGCGGUCACGUGGCAUUUCCGGAACAUUCAGAACCUAACAGCCAGGAUGCAGGAGGGCCGGGCCGAGACCGGAGCGCUGGACAACGCGGGCAACUGGCGCUCGAGGGCCAGGCAGCUCCCACCGGCUAGGACCCCCAUCCCGAUGCGCGGGGGAAGGGUUGGGGCCCUGUGCCGCUGGCGAUCCCGGGGACCGCCUGGAAGUCGCGGCACUCGGGAGCGAGGGGGAAAGCAACCCAAAGGCCUCCCAGCCGCCGGAGACACAGCUACUGACCCCAACUGCAGCCGGUACUCGCAUAUGCCACGGGCGGGGCGAAACCCGGCCUUUUGAAGGGCAGCGAUUUAAACCAAUCAGCGCAAAGAGUUGGCAACCCUCCGCCCAAUUGGAAUCGCUCUCAUUCUGAAGGCGGUUCCGACAUGGAGUCCGGCAGCCCAAUGGGAGAGGUGGAAAUUUCCAGAACGAUCAGAACCAAUGGGCGCGGCCAGCGCGGCUACGAUUGACAGUGCAAAAGACCAAUCCGUGUCGCAGAAGUCCGCUCCUCCCUCCAUUCGUGGAGCCUCAGAUGGGUGGGUUUAUAGAGGAGAGCCCAAUCCUGAGGUGCGGGGGAGGCAGGGUUGAGGGAAUUACUCCCCGCUGUCCAAUGAGAGGGAAGUGGAGAUGAUGGGCUGGACCUCAAGCCAAUAGUAGAGCAGCACAGAGAUUCCCCCUGGAAGAACUCGACCAGUGAGCAGGCGAGGAAGGGGCGGGAGCCGGGGUCCCGGCAGCUUCUAGUAAGUUCCAGAAGGCGGCGCGUGCGGUUGGGAACGCGGAGCGGACGGAUUCGAUUCAACGGGGUUCCGGGCUGCGCUGCGCUAUGGAGCAGGUCAAUGAGCUGAAGGAGAAAGGCAACAAAGCCCUGAGCGUGGGUAACAUCGAUGAUGCCUUACAGUGCUACUCCGAAGCCAUUAAGCUGGAUCCCCACAACCACGUGCUGUACAGCAACCGUUCUGCUGCCUAUGCCAAGAAAGGAGACUACCAGAAGGCUUACGAGGAUGGCUGCAAGACCGUCGACCUAAAGCCUGACUGGGGCAAGGGCUAUUCACGAAAAGCAGCAGCUCUAGAGUUCUUAAACCGCUUUGAAGAAGCGAAGCGAACCUAUGAGGAGGGCUUAAAACACGAGGCAAAUAACCCUCAGCUGAAAGAGGGUUUACAGAAUAUGGAGGCCAGGUUGGCAGAGAGAAAAUUCAUGAACCCUUUCAACAUGCCUAAUCUGUAUCAGAAGUUGGAGAGUGAUCCCAGGACAAGGACACUACUCAGUGAUCCUACCUACCGGGAGCUAAUAGAGCAGCUACGAAACAAGCCUUCUGACCUGGGCACGAAACUACAAGAUCCCCGGAUCAUGACCACUCUCAGCGUCCUCCUUGGGGUCGAUCUGGGCAGUAUGGAUGAGGAGGAAGAGAUUGCAACACCUCCACCACCACCCCCUCCCAAAAAGGAGACCAAGCCAGAGCCAAUGGAAGAAGAUCUUCCAGAGAAUAAGAAGCAGGCACUGAAAGAAAAAGAGCUGGGGAACGAUGCCUACAAGAAGAAAGACUUUGACACAGCCUUGAAGCAUUACGACAAAGCCAAGGAGCUGGACCCCACCAACAUGACUUACAUUACCAAUCAAGCAGCGGUAUACUUUGAAAAGGGCGACUACAAUAAGUGCCGGGAGCUUUGUGAGAAGGCCAUUGAAGUGGGGAGAGAAAACCGAGAAGACUAUCGACAGAUUGCCAAAGCGUAUGCUCGAAUUGGCAACUCCUACUUCAAAGAAGAAAAGUACAAGGAUGCCAUCCAUUUCUAUAACAAGUCUCUGGCAGAACACCGAACCCCAGAUGUGCUCAAGAAAUGCCAGCAGGCAGAGAAAAUCCUGAAGGAGCAAGAGCGGCUGGCCUACAUAAACCCCGACCUGGCUUUGGAGGAGAAGAACAAAGGCAACGAGUGUUUUCAGAAAGGGGACUAUCCCCAGGCCAUGAAGCAUUAUACAGAAGCCAUCAAAAGGAACCCGAAAGAUGCCAAAUUAUACAGCAAUCGAGCUGCCUGCUACACCAAACUCCUGGAGUUCCAGCUGGCACUCAAGGACUGUGAGGAAUGUAUCCAGCUGGAGCCGACCUUCAUCAAGGGUUAUACACGGAAAGCCGCUGCCCUGGAAGCGAUGAAGGACUACACCAAAGCCAUGGAUGUGUACCAGAAGGCGCUAGACCUGGACUCCAGCUGUAAGGAGGCAGCAGACGGCUACCAGCGCUGUAUGAUGGCACAGUACAACCGGCACGACAGCCCCGAAGAUGUGAAGCGACGAGCCAUGGCCGACCCUGAGGUGCAGCAGAUCAUGAGUGACCCAGCCAUGCGCCUUAUCCUGGAACAGAUGCAGAAGGACCCCCAGGCACUCAGCGAACACUUAAAGAAUCCUGUAAUAGCACAGAAGAUCCAGAAGCUGAUGGAUGUGGGUCUGAUUGCAAUUCGGUGAUGACUUGUUCAUCCCCCCUUCCCUUCGCCCUCAUGUGGAAAGAGGAGCUGGGACCGCGGCGAGCAGCACGGAGCGGAAGGGAGAGCAGGGGAGAGAAGGCCUCAUCUCUCUAUAUUUAUACAUAACCCCGGGGAAGACACAGAGACUCGUACCUGCGCUGUUUGUGCCGCUGCUGCCUCUGGGCCCUCCCAGCACACGCAUGGUCUCUUCACCGCUGCCCUCAAGUUCCGUGUCUCCUUCCCCUGCGCCCAGUUGCUGUCUCGGCUGCUCUCCCAUAGUUGGUUAUUUUUUAUUUGGGGCAGUGGGCAUGUAUGGGGAGGGGAGGGGGUUCUUCCAGCCUCAGGUCCCAGCCGUCUCACAUUGUUUAUUCUGCAUCCCCUUCUCCAAUAAAACAAGCCAGUUGGGCGUGGUUAUA